AUGGAUGACGAACUUUUUCCACGAAUUUCCUCAGCCAAGACAGCAAAGGAGGCGUGGGACACGAUCAAACGUGAGUACUUUGGUGAUAAGAAGGUAAUUGCUGUAAAACUACAAUCGCUUCGUUCUAGUUUUGACAAUUUAAGUCAUAAAGAGAAAGAGACAGUUCAAAGUUACUUGUCUAGAGUUUCUGGGAUUGUAAAUCAGAUGAAAUCUUAUGGUGAAAUCAUUGAAAAUGAGAAAGUUGUUAGUAAGGUCUUGAGAACUUUACAUAAGGAUUUUAGGCAUGUGGUUGCUGCAAUUGAGGAGUCUAAGGACUUCUCAACAUAUACUUUUGAUGAGUUGAUGUGUUCUCUUAUCACUCAUGAAGAAAGAAUCCGGAGUUAUGAUGAUAAAGUGGAAGAGAAAGCUUUCCAAGUGCAUGGAGAGUCGUCAAGUGAUUGGCAAUUUGAAAAUGGUCAAGGUCGAGGUCGAGGUCGUGGUCGUGGUGGUGUUCAAGGUAGCAGUCAUGGUCGUGGUUAUAGUCAAAGUGGUGAUAGUCGAGGUAUGGGUCGUGGUCAAGAAGAAAAUGGAGGGCGUAUGAGUAGCAUUAAGUGCUACUACUGCAAAAGAUUUGGUCAUAAAGAAGACCGUUGUUGGGACAAACAAAGGGAUAUGAAAGAGAAAGAGCAAGCCAAUCUUGCUCAAAAGGUUGAAGGAGAAGAGGAACGGCUCUUCUAA